AUGCGAUCAGCUCGCAUCGUUGAGUUACAAACCUUGGAGGGCGCUUUAUGGAUAGAGCUUUACGAUGGUUCUGCGGCGGAGCUUUCUGAUUCCUUCUCCAGGCUUGCCAUGAGCGGGCAGCUGUGCGGUCCUGUCUUUACCAGGCUAAUUCCUGGCUUCAUGCUGAUGGGCAACGCGUUGGGCUUUCAAGGUGGUCCUGUGUUGGGUCAGUUAGCGUUGCACUCUCUGGCUUCCUCUGGAACACCCAACCUGCAUCAUGUGGGCGCUGGGUUGCUGACAUCCAGGGUGGUUCCCGGUGAGAUACCUACUGCAUCAUUUGCUAUAACGCUCUCGCCGCAGCCCAAACUCGACUCCCACUACACCAUAUUUGGCCGUGUGUACUUAGGAAUGUCGAUUAUUGAAAAGAUUAGCAAAAUGCAAGUUAAUGAAAACUUCGAACUGUAUACACCGCUUGUUGUGCAGAGUUGUGGGAUUCUGCGACUUCCAAUGCGGAAAAGGCCACCAAGCAGGUACGCUGAGUCUGAAGGUACGGACACUUUCAGUGCGGUGAAGGUGCUUCACGUUGCGAAGUCCAGUCUCCUUCAGGCCCUUGUUGCUGAUUAA